UCCAUUUUGACAGUCCGCGUAAUAACCAAUAAUAUCAAAGAAUAAUAUCCAAAACAAACCAGCGCUUACUUGCACACAGCGAUUUGUAAACACCUUUAAACUUAUGAUAUGAUUUGCAUAAUAAAGACGUACGAAAUUAUUAAGACAUUUGUGAAAAAUAGAUUAGCACAACGGUGACCGGUUUGUGUUUUAUUUCGCUAAACUAAACUGGCGUAACAUGAUGGAUGAAGAACUAGGUGGUUUAUCGGAAGGUGAUUUCGUCCUUCCCCCUAUUAAAUACGAGUAUUUGGAUCACACCGCUGAUGUCCAGUUACAUGCAUGGGGUGACAGUCUGAAGGAAGCAUUUGAACAAUGUGGAAUGGCAAUGUUCGGCUACAUGACAGAACUAGAAUAUGUACAGAUAAGGGAAGUACAUUCAAUAGAAGCUACAGCAGAUGAUAUGAUGGGCCUUUUGUAUCACUUCCUAGAUGAAUUGCUAUUUUUGUUCUCUGUAGAACCAUUUCUUAUUUGUAAAAAGUUGGUAAUUACAGAAUUUAAUACAGAAGAGUUUCGAAUAGUCUGUAAGUGCUAUGGGGAGGAAUUUCAAAUAGGGAAGCAUCCACAGGGCACAGAAGUAAAAGCAAUAACUUAUUCAGCUAUGCAAAUUAUUGAUGAACCGAAAGAUAAUAAGUUUGAAGUGUUUGUUAUUAUUGAUAUUUGAAUAUAUCUUUGUUAAAAUAAA